AUGAUAAAGUCAUCACUUAAGUGUGUGAAAUGUUAAUUGGAGACAAAAGAAAGUUCAUCUUAUAAAGCAAAAUGUGGACAUUUAUAUUGUAAUAAAUGCAUAGAUCAAAUUACUGCUGAAGGUGGUUCGAAUUGUUCAGAGAAAUAAUGCUCUAAUUUUCUGAAUAUAGCAGAUCUUAUGAAUAGACAAUUCCAAAAAUUAUCUGGUAGCAAUCAAAUGGUAUUUGGUAAACAGGUUACCAUGUUUGCAGGAGAUCCAAAAAAAUUGAGUAAAAUUGGUAGUAAUCAUAGCAUCACCAUCUCAAUAAAACAAAGCAACAGCUGUAAAAUAGAACAAUUAAAACUUAAAUACUCCAAGAAAAUAAGAGAAAAAUACUCAACCUAGAAGAUCAAUUUAAGAACGUUCUCCUGUGCCAAUUUAAACAAAAUCUAAAUCUUAAAUGUAGAAAUUAACAGAUAGAGUUUUAUAGUAAUAAAAUAGUGCAAAGGUCAUUAACCCUAAAUAACAAUAAGGAUAAUAAGCAUAAGUAAAUCAAUAAUAACAAGUGUAAUAACAAAAAUAAUAACAAUCAAAAUUGAUAUAAUAAAAUGUUUAAAUCUAACCACAAAAACAAGAAAUCAAAAUAGAUAUUGAUAAUAGAAUGACAGAAUCAGUUUCAUAUAAAUGUGAUUAUUGUCAUUCUAAUAAUUAAGGUUUAUUUCAUAAUGAAAUAUGUGAUCAUAGAUUAUGUUAUGAUUGCAUAUAAAAAUAUUAUGAAGAUUAUUGUGUCUGUUUUGUUAAGGAUUGUGGUUGGUAAAUUAAUCAAGAAUAAUUAAAUCAAUUUAUGUUAACAUAUGUUACAUUUUAAUUAGAGGAAGUUCAAGAAAUCAAAUUAAAAAGACAAUAAUCAUCAAAUGAUUAAUAAGACAUAUUAAUAAGCAAAUUUUAAUUUGAAGAAGUUACUUUAUAACAUAUGUAAAUAUCUAAUAUGAAUGAAUUCAUUAAAACUUUUGAUGAACUUAAAAUUAAAGAAAAAAAUUAUAUUGAUCUUAGAUUUGGUCCUAACGAUAGAAGUGUUGGAUCUAAUUAUUAAGCUACAUGGUAAAGAUUGAAUGUUAUUUUCAAUGGAGAUUAUUAAUUUUUUGCCAAAGCUAAUGAUAACAAAAGAUUUGGUCUUGGAAAAUAUAUUGGACCCUAAGAUAUCAUACAAGGAUAAUUAGGAAAUUGUUAUUUAUUGGCUUCAAUUUCUGCUUUGGGAAAUAGAAGACCUGAUUUAUUAUUAGAUGUUUUUAUUACUAGAGCAAUUAAUGAAUAAGGAAUAUAUUGUAUAAGAUUAUGUAUAGAUGGAAUAUGGAAAGCUAUCUAUGUAGAUGAUUACUUUCCAGUUUAUCCUAAUUUAACACCCAUAUUUACUAAAGCUAAAAAUAAUGCUAUUUGGGUUAUGGUAUUAGAGAAAGCUUGGGCUAAAUUAUUUGGAUCUUAUCAAAAUAGUGCAUCAGGUUCAAUGUAAGAAGUACUUAGAGCAUUAACUGGAGCACCAACUGAAGUUAUAUGGACUCAAUCUCCAGAAUUUAUUGCUCAACUUAGAAAAUGUCUUGCAAAUAAAGUUAUUAUGGUUGCAGCUACUUAAAGUAGUGAUAUUUAACCAAUUACAUAAGGAUUGGUUCCAAAUCAUGCUUAUUCUGUUCUUAAAAUAAGAUAAAUUAAUCAUCCAAAAAGAGGAUAAGUAGAACUUUUGAAAUUAAGAAACCCUUGGGGAAAAAAAGAAUGGACAGGAGAUUGGGGAUAAGAUAGUCCAUUAUGGACUCCAUAAUUAAGAUAAGAAUUAAAAUUAGAUACAGAAGAUUCUGGUGUAUUUUAUAUGGAUGUUGGAUCAUUUAUGUAAUAAUUUAGAGAUAUUCAUAUUUGUCAUGUUAAACAAGAUUAUUAAUAUUCUGCAACAUAAAUCAAAUCAAAUAAAAAAAAGGCUGUUUAUUAUUCUUUUAAAAUUACUAAAGAAGGAGAUUAUUAUAUUACUAUAAAUUAAAGAAAUUAAAGAUUUUAAGGAAAUCCAAAAUAUAGUAAUGCAAAAUUAUUUAUUUGUAAAAAAGAAGAAAAUAAUACAUAUACAUAUGUAGCUGGUAAAUUAAGUUAAUUUGGAGAAGUAUGGUGUAAAUGUACUUUAACAAAAGGUGAAUAUAUUGUAUUUGCUAAAGUAAUUUGGGAAUAUCAUUAAGAAUUUUUCUUUGUUCUAUCUUCAUAUGGAAUUGAAAAACUUGAAUUUAAAUAAAUAAAAAAGAUUCCUGAAAUGCUCCCAAGUGUUUUCAUAAAGAAAGGUCUUGUUUAAUAACCUAAAAGAAGUUAUGAUACUAUGGGAUAACCAAAAAUAUAAAGUUGUUAUAAUUUAGAUAGAUUAGAUGGUUGGGGUUAUUAUUUUAUUGACAAUUAAUCAAAUGUUAAAUUAAUUAGUAAAAUAUCUUUCCAUAAAUUUUAUGGUCUAAGAUUUUGUAAACCUCAUAGAGGAGUAACACUCAAUAUUGAACUGCCUCCUGGGAAAUAAUUUAUUGCUAUAAUCAAAGUACUAUCUGGAUAUGAAAUAGAAUUUACUUAAAAAGUUCAAUUUUAACAAUGA